CUGAGCAGCAGAGUUCUGACGUAGGAUGGACGGUGGGUGAAAGAGUAGCCAUGGCGGGAGGGAUGAAGCCCGAGUGGCGGCGUUGUCAUCCGUGUCGUCCCCUGCUAGAGGCCGCCUUUUUUUUGGUGCUGCUCCUGGGCGCAGACGGACAAGUAAUUUCUCUUAAAGAUCACCGCAUGCACACAGAGAACUCACCCAAGCAGUUUUGCUACACAAACACUGUGAUUCCCAAAUGGCAUGACAUAUGGACCAGAAUUCAGAUCCGAAUAAACAGCACCAAGAUGAUCCGCAUUACCCAAGUUGAAAAUGAGGAGAAACUCAAAGAGCUGGAAGAGUUUAAUGUGUGGAAUUACGUUGGCUCCUUCUUCAAAGAGAAGCUCAAUGAUACCUACAUCAGCAUAGGGCUGUACAGUAGUAAAACCUGCUUGAAAGUUGACCUUCAAGAACCAGACACCACCUACAGUAUUGUCAUUGCUCGCACAUUUGAUCUCAGGCUUUUCGUGGUUUCAUUUCUGGGCCUCCUGCUGUUCUUCUGUGGUGAUUUGAUGAGCAGGAGCUCGCUCUUCUUCUAUUCGACUGGAAUAAGCAUUGGCAUGCUCAGUUCGCUGCUCAUCCUCAUCUAUCUCAUGUCCAGAAUGGUGCCCAAGAAAAGUCCCAUGUACCUCAUGCUGGCGGGAGGCUGGUCUUUUUCUGUUUACCUCAUCCAGAUGGUCUUCAAAAACCUGCAAGAGAUUUGCAAGCUGUACUGGGAAUAUCUGCUGUGCUACAUGAUCGUCGUUGGGUGUCUCAGUUUCGCCAUCUGCUACAGACACGGCCCCUUGGAGAAUGAGCGCAGUAUCAACCUCCUCACUUGGGGCCUGCAGGUGCUGGGGUUGCUGCUGCUGUAUUGUGGCAUCCAGAUCCGGCAGGUCGCCAUCGCUUUGAUUAUCAUUGCCAUCUGCACUAAAAACCUGGAGUACCCAGUCACGUGGGCCUAUGCCAUCUACAGGAAGGUGCGUGCCACCGCAGAAAAGCCCAGCCCGUCACGCCUACUAACUAAAGAGGAAUACCGCCUGCAGGGGGAGGUGGAGACUCAGAGAGCCCUGGCGGAGUUGCGGGAGUACUGCAGCAGCCCAGAAUUCUCUGCCUGGAAAGCAGUCUCCCGCAUCCAGUCUCCAAAGAGGUUUGCUGAUUUUGUGGAAGGUUCCUCACAUCUUACCCCUAAUGAGGUCUCUGUCCACGAGCAGGAAUAUGGGCUGGGAAGUUCCUUCCUGGAAGACCAGCUCUUUGAAGACGGAGAGAUGGAUGAUGACAGCUUUGAUGAGGACAAUGGCAUGGACACCUCGCUGCCCCAGAACCACUUAGCAUUCAUGCAGGUGGAUUAACUGGCAGUGCCCCCUGCUGAUGUGGGGUAAGAAUUGCAGUUUUGUAGCCCUCUUCCACAACCAGCUCUCCAAUGCAAAGCCUACUGUGUCUGCGUACUGUGUGAGUCAUGCAUCCUUGGCAGAUGCUGCAACCUGGGAAAAUGGUACGUACUUACAGGCCAUUAAAGUGCCGCUAUCCAUUCCAGACAAGGAACCAAAGGUGGGCUGUACCAGACUUGGCAUAUACCCAAGCGUCUUGAACCAAAGUGCCGUGCAGACUGCAAAUCAGCUGAACCCAGGGAUAUCAUUUGUGAAUGAGGCUGAAAGACGGGUGCAGUGAGGUAGGGCUGAAACUGCUAAUGAUGAGGUCUCCUAACCUUGAGACAGGUGCUGCUGAGGAAAGAAGGGUUGAAAAGAAAAGACUCUGGUUUCUAGAUGAGGCAAGGAUUUGACACACACACUCUAACUUGCAUGUUAGAGACACACAGAGAUUAUCCUUUCGAGACCUCCUGCUUUGAGGCAUGCUUGCCAUGGUAGUCACAAGAGAGAAGUGCAAAUGUCCCUCAUCUCAGGGAGCUCCCCGCAUAUGUUGGGUGACUCGUUCGUCAAAUUGACCCUCCACUUUACACUGUUGUAUUUUCUUGCCUCAUGGUUCUUGCCUCAUCCAUCAGCAUCUGCCCCUCACUGCAUUUUUUGGCUUUUGUUUGCUUCCAGAUGCAACCACAGGGGUCUGUGCGACCAUCACCUGCUUGGUUUUUAAUCUGGACUGCAAAUACUUGAACUGGGGAGGUAGAGACUAGUGUUGCUCGCUGAGAAAGCAUAAUGACAACGGGCAGUUUUCUGAUGUUCCCAGACGACUCUACUAUCCUGUAAGUGGGAAUCCUCACAAACAUUGCCUCAGCUUUGGGCACUGCAAGAAGAGGACUGCUGUGCCUUGACUGCCUCCUGUGAAAAUCCUGCAGCUGCUUCACUUUAUUAGCAUCCUUUUUGGUUGCUGUUUAGCCCUUUAGUGUUCUUUGGCAAACCUGGCAGGGCGUGGAGUCUCUCUUUGUAUUCCUGUGCAGAUGUUGCCAUUGCUGUAGCAUUCUAGGUAAGACUUUGCUCUGAGAGUUGACAGUAGGAAACUUCCGGUGACGGAUAUGUGUGUCUUUUGGGCACGUAUAGCUCACCCCAAAGAACAAUAAGAUGUAAUAGGAGUUACCUUGUGGUUUGUUGCACCUGUUUCUCCUUUUUUGGAGGGUUGGCUGUUCUUGCACUUUGAACUUAGCUUGAAAGUUUAAUAGCAAUGUGACUUUAAAAAAUUCUACUUGAUCAAACACAUUAAAAUCUAUGUCAUCAAAUAGAUUCAAUUACAUGAAUAUCUGUUCUAUCAGCAGCAGAAGCUUGGUACAAGCUGGUAAAGAAAUCGCAAAAUCAGCUCUGAAAACAUUUCCACACCUGGUAAAUUCUGCCACUGCCUCCAGAUAAUACCUGGAAUCAAAGACUUGACAAAGAUCUGCUUCCAGGUUAUUUUAUCAGUAUAUCUUAAUGGUCAUGGAGUUCGUAUUUUUGCAAAAUAGCUCUACAAAGAAAUGGAGUAAAGGCCUAUAUUUUAAGCAUAGCUGUUACCCAGAGGUUAGUGGGAUUGAAUCUUUUUUUUAAACGUUAUUUGGGGCUCUCUUGAGUUUUUUCAGGCAUAGCCUCUUCAAAAUAGUCACUGGUAUGUAUGACUUUGUUUAUUGUGCCUUACUUUUCUGCCUGCACAAGCAAACACAAGGGCAAUAUGUAGCCAUAAUCUUCUCACCUGUUUUGCGUGCCCUGUAUCUUCCUACCAGCCUGUUGCUCAAAUGUCUGCAAAGUGCUCACACUUUCCAAAACUUCUGACUUAAAUACGUGCAAGCAGGCUUUUCUGUGUGGAAACAUCUUUUCUCCUUUUAGGGUUUGGGUACUAAAACAUAGAAAAUGGAGAGAACUUUGCGUUGCUGAUGUCCGUGUGGUUUUGGGCAACACAAAGUCAUUGCUGAAAACUACCAAUAGUGUGUCAUUCCCCCAUCCUGCUGCCUUUACUAUGUAUUUUCUCUGGCAAAAUAGUAUAUCAGGAUUUAGGGCAGGUAGUUGCAGAGAGAAUGGGGUGGGGAUGACAACAUAGGGCUGUCUGUUACUUUUUAAUCUCCUGCUGUUUCCUUGGUAGCGAUGCAACCCAUCCUCUUGUGUUCUCGGUGUUCAGAACUCAGGACUUGAGAGUAAAAUAGCCAGUGAUUAUUUUCCCCCCCUUAAAAGUUGUGCUGAGGUCUGAACCAACAGCCGAGCAUCCAUCCAACUAUUUACCAAGCAAGCAAACAUGUUUGAAGCCCUCUUAAUUUUGUUUUCUUUUGAGUUCUGUGCAAAAUCAUCUUCAUGCCCAAACGUUGCCUCUUCCAAACACUGCGACUGGCAUGAAAGCACUGAGCUUUCCCACUUGGAUCACCUUAUGCACAUUUUGUGGGAAAGGCAAAAUACUUCAUUUGUGCUGUGAAUCUUGCUCCUUGUGGGAUAUAAGCCAUAAAAGGGGGGUGGGGGGUGGGGUUAUGUGUGUUAACAGUAUGUCAGAAUUCUUGCAGUUCUAAUUUUUUAACAUAUAUGUAUUUCUCUAUUUUUUUAUUUCCUCAAUAAGGCAGGUCAGUCUUUAAAAAUAGUAUUUGUUACACUGAAUGUACUGAUAUACAAUUGAAUGCUUUGUUUGAGUUGUAAAGAUUUUUUUAAAAAAUAAAGUCAUGUUCUGCAGAGGAAAA